AUGCGAAGACAACUUGUCACCCGUCUCCAGAGUCUCGUUGUCGCUGCAGUAUGCGCAGCAUCAGUAACGGCCAUCCCUCUCGCUCCUUCAUUGACAGAGUCUGCCCCUGCAUACCCAAGUCCGACUGUGCCAUACGCGACUGACGAUCCGAACCGGGAGCUUUGGAACCCGCUGUCUAACGUGGACCCCCAGCCAAUCCGGGGAACUUUAGGAGCAGACAUCAUCGCUCAGCAAAACGUGCCGCUACAAUUGCAGAACUCAGAUCUACUGGCACCCCCGACUACAGACCAUGGCUCUGUCCCGAACAUAAAGUGGCCUUUUACUUUGAGUCAUAAUCGCCUUCAUACAGGUGGAUGGGCUCGUCAGCAGAACAUCCAUGACUUACCGAUCAGUACAGAGAUGGCUGGGGUAGACAUGCGUCUCGAAGCGGGGGCAAUCCGUGAGCUGCAUUGGCAUACGGCAGCGGAGUGGGCUUAUGUCCUCAAGGGUAGCACUCAAGUGUCUACGGUCACUCCGGAUGGCCAGAACUAUGUUGCGACGGCGAACCAAGGGGAUCUAUGGUACUUCCCGCCGGGACAGCCUCAUUCUCUCCAAGCUACAGCUCAAGACCCUGACGGAACGGAGUUCUUGCUGGUAUUUGACAAUGGCGAAUUCAGUGAAGACUCGACGUUCCUAUUGACAGAUUGGUUGGCCCACGUCCCGAAAGAAGUGCUUGUCAGAAAUUUCCAAGCCACAAAAUCGGCCUUCGAUCACAUACCAGAUCGGGAGCUCUACAUCUUUCCUGGUGUGCCACCUGAUCCCAAUGCUCAACCACCGUCCAGUCCUCAAGGUCAAACACCACUACCUUACACCUUCCCCCUUUCACAGGUCGAGGCGACUAAGUUUCCAGGAGGCACUACGAAGAUUGUCGACUCAACGACGUUCAAGGUGUCGAAGACCAUGGCGGUAGCUGAGGUUACAUUGGAACCCGGUGCAAUGCGGGAACUGCAUUGGCAUCCCACGCAAACGGAGUGGGACUAUUUCAUGUCAGGUUACGCUCGUGUGACAGUUUUCGCGGCCAACGCAGAUGCAAGAACGUUCGAUUUUCAGGCCGGAGACAUUGGAUACAUUCCUCAGUCAUACGGGCACUACAUAGAGAAUACGGGGAAUACCACUCUUCAUUUUCUUGAGAUCCUGAAGACAGAUAUAGACAAAUUCCAAGACGUCAGCCUGGCCCAGUGGCUUGCCCUGACACCUCCUGCCGUGGUCAAGGCGCAUCUAGACGUCUCGGACGAUACCAUUGCUGCAUUUAGCAAGACAAAGCAGAGAAUUGUCGGUAAAUAG